AUGCUGGUGAGCAUGGUGUACAACCUCCCGGGACUAGAUUGGAGCCAGCCAACUGAUCAUGCUGAGCUUUUCAGCGGUGGCAUGAGUGUCACCAUUGGUGAACUUGAGGCUGGUCGCCGUGCGUCUGCCUACGACUUGAACUAUGACAGCCGCUUCAUGGACAUUUGCUCUGUAGAGGGCUACAUCGUGGCUCUCUACCAGGUGCUUAAUGUGAGGGUCGCAGGGGGCCUCACAUUGGCACCUGUGUGUUCCUCAUUGGUGUGGGUGUCGAGAGGCUCCACCCAUAGAAGCAAAACCUCGCCAUUGGGACGGUUGUCAUCCGAGAGCGUGAGGUUGGGAAACUUGAUGGCAGGGCGCUGUGCAAUCAUACUAUUGAUUGCAGCAGCGAGAUGCUUAUUCUGGGUAUUAGAGCAGCCGCAAAAUUCACUGUUUGAGCUUCACCCCAUGAUUCAGCGGGUCCUUGCAAUGGUAUCUACUUUUCGCUAUAGCAUCCGAAUGGGUGAGUACGGAGGACACAGCCAGAAGCCAACUUGGCUUUACUCCAGCAGGGAAGACAUCAGCGACCUUGCCAGCUUCAAGCCUCCGGCAUCAAUGCUGCCAUUGGCUAACAACGAGAAGGUAGAACUUGUAGACAAGUAUGUGGAUUCAAAGGGGGUCGCCCGUGUGAAAGGAUCAAGCUCUAUGAAAGGAUCCCAGCAGUACCCUUUGCUGUUUGGACGGGCAUUGGCAAAGCUGAGGACCAAGCUCGGUCCCAAAAUCAAAACGGAUGCAAAGCGCUUCCUGCGGGAUGCCAAGAAGGCCAAGAAGGAUGGCAAGUUGAAAUCCAAGCCCCUGACUCAAGGCUUUAGUGAUGCCACGGCUGGUGAUGCAGACCUUGGGCAAAUCAGGGCAGCAGUUUGCUGCUGCCUGUUUGAGUUCAUGGCACCGGCACAUAGCAAGCCAGCCAAAGCAGACCAGAAGUCUAAAGAUAAGAAGAAAAGCGCCAAGAAGGACACCAGCAAAGAAUGUUCAAAAGUUGAGAAGAAAAGCAAGGCAAAGGACACCCAGGGGGAGAAAGCAGGCAAAGGUGAGAAGAUCAUGGCAGCAGUUGCCAGGGCUUCGGCUUUGAAAAAGGGAUCUUCUUCCCCAACGUCCACAACGGCAUCCUCUGCCCCAAGCCACCGAGUCAAUUUCAAGCAGCCAGUCUAUGUGUAUGGGACUCCACAAGGCAGAGGGACAGCUGCUUUGUCAUCGCCGUCAGCAGUCCCAAAGGAAACUGAGAUUCCAAAGAAGAGCAAGGAACCAGAGAAUAAGGAGAAGCAGAAGAAAGAGAACAAAGAGAAAAUGGAGAAAAAAGAGAAAAAGGAGAAACAGGAGAAAAAGGAGAAGAAGGAGAAAAAAAAUAAGAAGGAUAAGAAGAACACAGACUCAAAGGAUGUGACGAAAGAGUCAAAGGAGAAGGAGACGAAAGAGUCAAAGGAGAAGGAGACGAAAGAGUCAAAGGAGAAUGAGGAUGAGGUUACCGCAAAAAAACGUACGAAGGAAAGCACAGCAGAGACCACCGUUCCAGCAGUGCCAGUCAAGAGGCUCAAAGAGGAUGCAGGUGAAGAGAAAGAGGCACCGAUCAAAAAGCAAAAGGCGGAGGGAGACGCGUUUGAGGCAGCACUUGAGGAGCUUGAAGUGUCAGAAGACGAGAGUGAGGAGGGUAGACAGUCGGAUAAUGAUUCAGAGGCUACACUGCCGCUUCCUGGUGGUGUGGAUCCAGCUGAAGACCUUGGUCUGAACCGCAAAAAGUUCCCGACCUCCCUUUCAAGUUACGCUCAGCGUAACAAAGUUGAUUUGUUCAACCUGUGGCUGCAAAACGAGAAGAAGCUUGAAAAGUCUACACCUCAGACUCAGAAACUGGUGGCCUUGAUUGUGGAGAGAACUGUUGCUACCACCAAUCGGGCAAAGUCGGGAAGACAUGGUGUGAAACGACGGGACAUGGAAAAGGACCUCCCAUCCGACAAAGUGGACAAGUUAUGUAACCGCUUGCGGUCACAGGGACUGUGGCAGUGGGACGAGGAUUGGCCUCAGGACGAGGAGGAGAUUUGGUAUUACCCAUCAAUGAAGAAGGAGUUCACCAAAGAGGAUUCUACAUCCGAACGAAUGUCCAUGAGGGGGGAAGCGAAAGGCUUUGAUAGGGAGUUCUGGGAUUCCUUGACGACGGAUACCGGACCUUUGGUUGCUGGGGCUUUGCCUGGCUUAGAUGUUCAACAAGAAAAAUCCAUGGCUGAUGCCUUGACGGGAGGUGCAGCUGCCAAAGCUCCCAAAGCCAAACGUGCUGCCCGACCAGAUGCCGGGUCAGUUCCAGUGGCACCUACGACCCUCAAAGAGAAAGCUGAAGAUUGCAAAGAGGACGUCUUGAAAGAAGGAUCAGAAGCUCGCAAGCUGGCGAUCAGCUUGAAAGGGAUUUCGUAUGGUGACCAACUUGUUGAUGAUUUGUUUUCACAUUCAUCAAAGAUGGAGAAGUUGUACGGGGUGGCAACGGCCCUGUUGGCCACGAACAAGCCCAAAGAUGAAAAACUCCAGAAGUUCAUUGAUGUGUACCAUGAAAGCGCAACAUGGUUUGAGAAAGCAAAGGCAGCUGCCAAAGGUCUGCUGGCAGGCUUGAACAAAAAGUCUCGUGCCAAGGCAAAGGCCAAGGGCGCCGCUAAGUGCUGGGAAACCCAGACCAUCGAAGGCUCGAGGGAGGUUGCGAACUCUCAGAAAAUCGAGAAGGUGAUGAUCCCUGUGUUCCUGCCGCACGAGAUUUUGCAUGCGGUGGUGCAUGCAGGCCCUGACCAGGUGAAAGAAGCUGUUCACCAACACGUCGCCAAACUGCUGUCCUGGUCCAUGGAGUGGGCAGCGGCUGGACGGUGGCCAAACAAGGGCUUUCACGAUGAGGAAUUUUCACCAAAGAGUUUGCGUGGCAAAUUUCAAGGCCAAACCUUGGCCAAUGGAUGGAGGAUCUCUGUGCGCAAGCUUGGAUUUACUCCUCGCAAUCUGAACUUGGAUGUGGACAAAACGAAAAACUUUCCCGAAUUGGGUUCCGUGUUCAAGGGGCACCAUGUGAAAGUCAUACUGUGGUACUUGACAGUCAAAAGCAUCGAGUUUGCUGAAACCACAGGUGCACCGGUUCUCCAAGCAGGAGCUUGCUGCAUUUGGUCCUUGCAAACGGCCAUUGACAAGCUGGACCAUUCCGAGAUCAUUUUGAACGAGGAAGACAGUCAAUACGUUUGUGAGUAUUUUCAAGCUUUCCUCUUGCACUGGCAAGGGCUGUUUCAAACCUACUCGGACAUGGGGGUGUGCAGGUGGAAGUUGCGUCCAAAGCACCAUUAUUUCGAAGAAAUGAUGUUGCAAGUGCAACGCACUAGGAUUAAUCCACGGCACCUUUCGUGCUGGCAAGACGAAAGUUUUUUGGGACACAUAAAGAAAAUUGCUAUUCAUUGCCAUUCGAGCAGUGUGUUGCUGAGAAUCUUCCAAAGGUUGAUGAUCAAUCUCAGCAACAGGUUUGAGAAAACAAGGAAGCUGACACAAGAAGUGGAGCUACUUGGGUGCCCAAAACAAGCCCCAAGUUGGAAAUUUGACCAAUUGCCGCUGUGA